UAACUUCCAACGCAAAAAAAUCUCCCUUCGUCUAAACUCCACGAAAUUAAAACCUAGCCCCCCAAACUCAUCUCCGCUGAAACCGCAAAAACCCAUCUCCGCCGAAACUCCAGUAACCCAUCUCAGUCGAAACCCUCCUCCCGCCGCCCGCACCUAGCCUCCCUCCCGCCGCCUGCACCUAGCCUCCUCCGCGACCAAGCCAACUCUGCUCUUCUUUACUUGUUCUGGCGCUUGAUUCGGCCAAGGACUUGCUCCGUCUGGGGAGCAGUGGAGUAAGAUCUUCCUGGUCCUUGAAUGUGAUAGAAUAAUGGAAAGAUUCAAAAAAGUUGCAUACCAACUAGAACAAGUUCUGGAUGAAAUUUCUCUUGAUGAGAUUGACAUAUCAGAUGAAGUAAAAGAACAGGUUGAGCUUGUGCAUUCUCGAUUCAAAAGAGCCAAAGAAAGGAUUGAUAAUCUUGAUGCUGAGCUAUACAUAGAAUUUUUAAUGGUUUACCAUAUGAGUGUUGAUGCCGAUAUGGACUGUUCCAUUCUUCAGAGAUUGGCAGAAAAGUUAGAGUUGAUAAUCGUAUCAUAUCUCAAGUAAGAGUCCGUUGUAUUUCAUGAGAUGGUUGCAAAUGAUGGUCAUCCUGGAGAAGUCAUUGAAAAGAUGUCAAUGCUGCUUAAAAGGAUAAAGGAUUUUGUGCAGACACAUGAAUCAGAGUUAGUCUCACUCACAAGCAGAGACAUUCGUGAAACUCCUGUUAUUCCCAAUGACUUCCACUGUCCUAUAUACUGGGAGCUAAUGGGAGAUCCUAUUAUCAUGUCCACCGGACAGGGUUGCUGUGCAGAGUACAUAACUCUAGUGGGUGAUGACUUGGCAUCAAUCUUCCUAGAUGCAAACUUGAACUUCUUGGGAGCUGAACUAAGUUCUUCCCUGCUCUUUGCUGUAAUCACAGCCCUUGCUGUUCUUCCCACUGUUUGGUUCAAGAACAUUAGCUUACUAUCCUACCUCUUAGAUCACACUACUGUUUGGCUUGAUAACCUUGAGAUACAUCUAUUCAUCUUUUCUGUUUGAAUUGUAUGAAGGUGUCUCUUUAGGUAAAUAGUUGUAUUUUAAAAUGAUGGUGGAUACUCAUAUUUUCUGUUUUGUAGAUACUCAUAUUUUAUGUUUGUAAAAUUUAUGGAUAUCCAUAUUUUCUGUU